GACUACACCUGUUUCUCGCUCAUUACUGCGUGACCUUGCAGUGGAUCUUGGCACAAAAUGGAGGGAACUCGGAAAAAUUCUUGGACUUGCUAACUCAGUACUUAACUAUUUUGAUAUGCAAGACCUGAGUCUAAGUGGUAAAGGAAAUGCGAUGCUCGGUGAGUGGAAGAGAUUAAAUGGCCACGAUGCCACGAUGGAAGUCUUACAAGAAGCCCUGACGAAAAUAGAUAUGGGUUAUUUGAUGGAAAAAGUUGCAGGUACAUUUCUAAGAUGCUGGAAAAUUAAGCAAACACAUAAGAUAGAAUUAAAAACACGCAAACACUCGCAAACAACUUUGUUUACAAGACGCAUUUUCCAUUGAUGAGAGGCAGGGACAAAAAAAAAAGAUGGAGAUGACCUCGCUAAUUGCUAAUUGGGCGUGAGAACAGUGGUCGUUAAAAAGUACAGAAAUAACGCUAUUCGAGAGCGCUAGAGUUCCCUUGUUAAAGUGAAAUUACGAGCAACCUAUUAGACAGAUUCUCAGACGCUGCUGCCCCAGUUUUACUCCGAGACCCUUUCCACCCGAGUCGAAAGAGCUUGCCCCGCGCAGUUAAUCGCUGUUUCCUGUUAAGAUGCAGUUAGGACCUCGAAGCUUGAGAGGCUAUGAUCACUGGGCUGGUCGUAAUAGAAAAUGUAAAUAUAAGAGAGAAUAAUUGCCCAAUAAUUCUCUCUAGAAAAAGCAAAAUACUUGAUACAUAGAAUGUGCCAAUCACAAUAUCAAGCACCUGUUUGGUGCGUUCGCAGAACGCCAUCCUAAAUUAGUAGCCAGAAAAAAUCGAGAUUUUUCGGGACAGACUUCCAAAUAGCCUGGCCUCUUGAAAGAACGUAGCUUGUCCUGGGUACGAACGAUACAAAACACGUGACUCGUUUUUCGACCAAUACGAGAUGACUGUUGGUCCACGUGACUUGUAACACACAGCGAAAACUUUCAGAACGUUUCUUGAUCUGUUUGCCUUUUAAGCUCGAUUCAAGGUUUAACUGAUGCUAGUAGCGAAGGCGAGAAAAUCAAUUUUUAACGCGAACACAGGUGAAUUUUGUUCUGUUACUUUCGUUUGUUUGUUUUUAUGGCGCCUUAAAUUACGUGGGUAUAUUUCGAAUUCAGGCAUAUGCAAUUAAGUGCGUUAAUUUUUGGUGUACACGGCGUACAAGAAAUGUUCCUUCGACUUUCGACUUUCGUUUAGUUAUUUUAACAAAUAAAGUUUCAUGAAUUGUGGUGUGGAUCUUUCAACUUUGAGCCACAUAAAAACCGCAUGCAGCGUUCAAGUUAAAUAAUUAUUGCUGGAGGCUUUCCCGGUACCACUGCACUUUAUUUUUUUAAGUAAUGAUUUAGAAACUCUAAAAAGGAAGCUUAUAUCCUUCCGAUUGAUUUCAUUAGAGAGCUUAAGCAAAGUCAAACAAAUUCAAGCCAGUUUUGAAGGAGCAAAACAUUACUCUGCACAUGCACGAUGCACGCCUUUGUGUCGGAUUUUUUUUUUUUUCGUCGCUGCGUGACUAAAAAUCUUCUUAUAUUUUAUUAGUACAAAUAAAAUUAUCCGAUUAUUGCCAAUAAAUUUAAAUCCUGCAGCUGAAGAAACUAACACGUGGGUCAACUAACAACUAAUUUCAUUUUGUUGUUAACUGAUGCGCAAUCUAAUUAUGCAGCACAUAUUGUUCUAUAUCAACCUUUUUACAAUAAAAUUGUUUUUUAACAAUAUGUUAAUCAUUGCCAUCAUCAUCAACAUUUUUUUCUCCCUGGACACUAACUCAUAGAAGCCUGUAAAAAUCUAUGGUCUGCCCGGAAAUAACUCACUUCGCAUAUCGAACUCACUCUUUAAUCUAUGAUUACCCCUAGUUUAACUUAUAAUGGGGCUAGGCAAUUUGCAUAUAAUAUAAUUGUAUUUCCUCGUUUUCGUUAGGUAAAACAGUAUCGACAACAUCCAAGACAGAACCAACAAAGGCUGAGUUUUUGGCAGGGAAGAUAUACAAGUUCUUCUUCCUCACUAAUUACGAAUCUGGGAGCGUAGGAAAAAUGUCAUUUUACAAAAGAUAAUCCCUGCGAGCUCCUAUGUCCAAAUUCAAUUUCUAGUGCUGUUUGGGUAUGACGCCUUAGUUAGCACUUCUCUGCUCGUAGAUAGAUAGACCUAACGCUCUCAUGCUUUGCUGUUGCAGCUAAGGAGAAGGUGCUCGGCACUCGCAGCCGGGAGACUACACCUGUUUCUCGCUCAUUACUGCGUGACCUUGCAGUGGAUCUUGGAACAAAAUGGAGGGAACUCGGAAAAAUUCUUGGACUUGCUAACUCACUACUUAACAUUUCUGAUAUGGAAAACCUGAGUCUAAGUGGUAAAGGAAAUGCGAUGCUCGGUGAGUGGAAGAGACUAAAUGGCGACGAUGCCACGAUGGAAGUCUUACAAGAAGCCCUGACGAAAAUAGAUAUGGGUUAUUUGAUGGAAAAAGUUGCAGGUACAUUUCUAAGAUGCUGGAAAAUUAAACAAACACAUAAGAUAGAAUUAAAAACACGCAAACACUCGCAAACAACUUUGUUUACAAGACGCAUUUUCCAUUGAUGAGAGGCAGGGACAAAAAAAAAAGAUGGAGAUGACCUCGCUAAUUGCUAAUUGGGCGUGAGAACAGUGGUCGUUAAAAAGUACAGAAAUAACGCUAUUCGAGAGCGCUAGAGUUCCCUUGUUAAAGUGAAAUUACGAGCAACCUAUUAGACAGAUUCUCAGACGCUGCUGCCCCAGUUUUACUCCGAGACCCUUUCCACCCGAGUCGAAAGAGCUUGCCCCGCGCAGUUAAUCGCUGUUUCCUGUUAAGAUGCAGUUAGGACCUCGAAGCUUGAGAGGCUAUGAUCACUGGGCUGGUCGUAAUAGAAAAUGUAAAUAUAAGAGAGAAUAAUUGCCCAAUAAUUCUCUCUAGAAAAAGCAAAAUACCUGAUACAUAGAAUGUGCCAAUCACAAUAUCAAGCACCUGUUUGGUGCGUUCGCAGAACGCCAUCCUAAAUUAGUAGCCAGAAAAAAUCGAGAUUUUUCGGGACAGACUUCCAAAUAGCCUGGCCUCUUGAAAGAACGUAGCUUGUCCUGGGUACGAACGAUACAAAACACGUGACUCGUUUUUCGACCAAUACGAGAUGACUGUUGGUCCACGUGACUUGUAACACACAGCGGAAACUUUCAGAACGUUUCUUGAUCUGUUUGCCUUUUAAGCUCGAUUCAAGGUUUAACUGAUGCUAGUAGCGAAGGCGAGAAAAUCAAAUUUUAACGCGAACGCAGGUGAAUUUUGUUCUGUUACUUUCGUUUGUUUGUUUUUAUGGCGCCUUAAAUUACGUGGGCAAUACUGGGUAUAUUUCGAAUUCAGUCAUAUGCGAUUAAGUGCGUUAAUUUUUGUUGUACACGGCGUACAAGAAAUAUUCCUUCGACUUUCGACUUUCGUUUAGUUAUUUUAACAAAUUAAGUUUCAUGAAUUGUGGUGUGGAUCUUUCAACUUUGAGCCACAUAAACACCGCAUGCAGCGUUCAAGUUAAAUAAUUAUUGCUCGAGGCUUUCCCGGUACCACUGCACUUUAUUUUUUUAAGUAAUGAUUUAGAAACUCUAAAAAGGAAGCUUAUAUCCUUCCGAUUGAUUUCAUUUGAGAGCUUAAGCAAAGUCAAACAAAUUCAAGCCAGUUUUGAAGGAGCAAAACAUUACUCUGCACAUGCACGAUGCACGCCUUUGUGUCGGAUUUUUUUUUUUCGUCGCUGCGUGACUAAAAAUCUUCUUAUAUUUUAUUAGUAAAAAUGAAAUUAUCCGAUUAUUGCCAAUAAAUUUAAAUCCUGCAGCUGAAGAAACUAACACGUGGGUCAACUAACAACUAAUUUCAUUUUGUUGUUAACUGAUGCGCAAUCUAAUUAUGCAGCACAUAUUGUUCUCUAUCAACCUUUUUACAAUAAAAUUGUUUUUUAACAAUAUGUUAAUCAUUGCCAUCAUCAUCAACAUUUUUUUCUCCCUGGACACUAACUCAUAGAAGCCUGUAAAAAUCUAUGGUCUGCCCGGAAAUAACUCACUUCGCAUAUCGAACUCACUCUUUAAUCUAUGAUUACCCCUAGUUUAACUUAUAAUGGGGCUAGGCAAUUUGCAUAUAAUAUAAUUGUAUUUCCUCGUUUUCGUUAGGUAAAACAGUAUCGACAACAUCCAAGACAGAACCAACAAAGGCUGAGUUUUUGGCAGGGAAGAUAUACAAGUUCUUCUUCCUCACUAAUUACGAAUCUGGGAGCGUAGGAAAAAUGUCAUUUUACAAAAAAUAAUCCCUGCGAGCUCCUAUGUCCAAAUUCAAUUUCUAGUGCUGUUUGGGUAUGACGCCUUAGUUAGCACUUCUCUGCUCGUAGAUAGAUAGACCUAACGCUCUCAUGCUUUGCUGUUGCAGCUAAGGAGAAGGUGCUCGGCACUCGCAGCCGGGAGACUACACCUGUUUCUCGCUCAUUACUGCGUGACCUUGCAGUGGAUCUUGGCACAAAAUGGAGGGAACUCGGAAAAAUUCUUGGACUUUCUAACUCACUACUUAACAUUUCUGAUAUGGAAAACCUGAGUCUAAGUGAUAAAGGAAAUGCGAUGCUCGGUGAGUGGAAGAGACUAAAUGGCCACGAUGCCACGAUGGAAGUCUUACAAGAAGCCCUGACGAAAAUAGAUAUGGGUUAUUUGAUGGAAAAAGUUGCAGGUACAUUUCUAAGAUGCUGGAAAAUUAAACAAACACAUAAGAUAGAAUUAAAAACACGCAAACACUCGCAAACAACUUUGUUUACAAGACGCAUUUUCCAUUGAUGAGAGGCAGGGACAAAAAAAAAAAUGGGAGAUGACCUCGCUAAUUGCUAAUUGGGCGUGAGAACAGUGGUCGUUAAAAAGUACAGAAAUAACGCUAUUCGAGAGCGCUAGAGUUCCCUUGUUAAAGUGAAAUUACGAGCAACCUAUUAGACAGAUUCUCAGACGCUGCUGCCCCAGUUUUACUCCGAGACCCUUUCCACCCGAGUCGAAAGAGCUUGCCCCGCGCAGUUAAUCGCUGUUUCCUGUUAAGAUGCAGUUAGGACCUCGAAGCUUGAGAGGCUAUGAUCACUGGGCUGGUCGUAAUAGAAAAUGUAAAUAUAAGAGAGAAUAAUUGCCCAAUAAUUCUCUCUAGAAAAAGCAAAAUACCUGAUACAUAGAAUGUGCCAAUCACAAUAUCAAGCACCUGUUUGGUGCGUUCGCAGAACGCCAUCCUAAAUUAGUAGCCAGAAAAAAUCGAGAUUUUUCGGGACAGACUUCCAAAUAGCCUGGCCUCUUGAAAGAACGUAGCUUGUCCUGGGUACGAACGAUACAAAACACGUGACUCGUUUUUCGACCAAUACGAGAUGACUGUUGGUCCACGUGACUUGUAACACACAGCGGAAACUUUCAGAACGUUUCUUGAUCUGUUUGCCUUUUAAGCUCGAUUCAAGGUUUAACUGAUGCUAGUAGCGAAGGCGAGAAAAUCAAAUUUUAACGCGAACGCAGGUGAAUUUUGUUCUGUUACUUUCGUUUGUUUGUUUUAUGGCGCCUUAAAUUACGUGGGCAAUACUGGGUAUAUUUCGAAUUCAGUCAUAUGCGAUUAAGUGCGUUAAUUUUUGUUGUACACGGCGUACAAGAAAUAUUCCUUCGACUUUCGACUUUCGUUUAGUUAUUUUAACAAAUUAAGUUUCAUGAAUUGUGGUGUGGAUCUUUCAACUUUGAGCCACAUAAACACCGCAUGCAGCGUUCAAGUUAAAUAAUUAUUGCUCGAGGCUUUCCCGGUACCACUGCACUUUAUUUUUUUAAGUAAUGAUUUAGAAACUCUAAAAAGGAAGCUUAUAUCCUUCCGAUUGAUUUCAUUUGAGAGCUUAAGCAAAGUCAAACAAAUUCAAGCCAGUUUUGAAGGAGCAAAACAUUACUCUGCACAUGCACGAUGCACGCCUUUGUGUCGGAUUUUUUUUUUUCGUCGCUGCGUGACUAAAAAUCUUCUUAUAUUUUAUUAGUAAAAAUGAAAUUAUCCGAUUAUUGCCAAUAAAUUUAAAUCCUGCAGCUGAAGAAACUAACACGUGGGUCAACUAACAACUAAUUUCAUUUUGUUGUUAACUGAUGCGCAAUCUAAUUAUGCAGCACAUAUUGUUCUCUAUCAACCUUUUUACAAUAAAAUUGUUUUUUAACAAUAUGUUAAUCAUUGCCAUCAUCAUCAACAUUUUUUCUCCCUGGACACUAACUCAUAGAAGCCUGUAAAAAUCUAUGGUCUGCCCGGAAAUAACUCACUUCGCAUAUCGAACUCACUCUUUAAUCUAUGAUUACCCCUAGUUUAACUUAUAAUGGGGCUAGGCAAUUUGCAUAUAAUAUAAUUGUAUUUCCUCGUUUUCGUUAGGUAAAACAGUAUCGACAACAUCCAAGACAGAACCAACAAAGGCUGAGUUUUUGGCAGGGAAGAUAUACAAGUUCUUCUUCCUCACUAAUUACGAAUCUGGGAGCGUAGGAAAAAUGUCAUUUUUCAAAAGAUAAUCCCUGCGAGCUCCUAUGUCCAAAUUCAAUUUCUAGUGCUGUUUGGGUAUGACGCCUUAGUUAGCACUUCUCUGCUCGUAGAUAGAUAGACCUAACGCUCUCAUGCUUUGCUGUUGCAGCUAAGGAGAAGGUGCUCGGCACUCGCAGCCGGGAGACUACACCUGUUUCUCGCUCAUUACUGCGUGACCUUGCAGUGGAUCUUGGAACAAAAUGGAGGGAACUCGGAAAAAUUCUUGGACUUUCUAACUCACUACUUAACAUUUCUGAUAUGGAAAACCUGAGUCUAAGUGAUAAAGGAAAUGCGAUGCUCGGUGAGUGGAAGAGACUAAAUGGCCACGAUGCCACGAUGGAAGUCUUACAAGAAGCCCUGACGAAAAUAGAUAUGGGUUAUUUGAUGGAAAAAGUUGCAGGUACAUUUCUAAGAUGCUGGAAAAUUAAACAAACACAUAAGAUAGAAUUAAAAACACGCAAACACUCGCAAACAACUUUGUUUACAAGACGCAUUUUCCAUUGAUGAGAGGCAGGGACAAAAAAAAAAGAUGGAGAUGACCUCGCUAAUUGCUAAUUGGGCGUGAGAACAGUGGUCGUUAAAAGUACAGAAAUAACGCUAUUCGAGAGCGCUAGAGUUCCCUUGUUAAAGUGAAAUUACGAGCAACCUAUUAGACAGAUUCUCAGACGCUGCUGCCCCAGUUUUACUCCGAGACCCUUUCCACCCGAGUCGAAAGAGCUUGCCCCGCGCAGUUAAUCGCUGUUUCCUGUUAAGAUGCAGUUAGGACCUCGAAGCUUGAGAGGCUAUGAUCACUGGGCUGGUCGUAAUAGAAAAUGUAAAUAUAAGAGAGAAUAAUUGCCCAAUAAUUCUCUCUAGAAAAAGCAAAAUACCUGAUACAUAGAAUGUGCCAAUCACAAUAUCAAGCACCUGUUUGGUGCGUUCGCAGAACGCCAUCCUAAAUUAGUAGCCAGAAAAAAUCGAGAUUUUUCGGGACAGACUUCCAAAUAGCCUGGCCUCUUGAAAGAACGUAGCUUGUCCUGGGUACGAACGAUACAAAACACGUGACUCGUUUUUCGACCAAUACGAGAUGACUGUUGGUCCACGUGACUUAAUUGUAACACACAGCGGAAACUUUCAGAACGUUUCUUGAUCUGUUUGCCUUUUAAGCUCGAUUCAAGGUUUAACUGAUGCUAGUAGCGAAGGCGAGAAAAUCAAAUUUUAACGCGAACACAGGUGAAUUUUGUUCUGUUACUUUCGUUUGUUUGUUUUUAUGGCGCCUUAAAUUACGUGGGCAAUACUGGGUAUAUUUCGAAUUCAGGCAUAUGCGAUUAAGUGCGUUAAUUUUUGUUGUACACGGCGUACAAGAAAUGUUCCUUCGACUUUCGACUUUCGUUUAGUUAUUUUAACAAAUUAAGUUUCAUGAAUUGUGGUGUGGAUCUUUCAACUUUGAGCCACAUAAACACCGCAUGCAGCGUUCAAGUUAAAUAAUUAUUGCUCGAGGCUUUCCCGGUACCACUGCACUUUAUUUUUUUUUUGGUAAUGAUUUAGAAACUCUAAAAAGGAAGCUUAUAUCCUUCCGAUUGAUUUCAUUUGAGAGCUUAAGCAAAGUCAAACAAAUUCAAGCCAGUUUUGAAGGAGCAAAACAUUACUCUGCACAUGCACGAUGCACGCCUUUGUGUCGGAUUUUUUUUUUUUCGUCGCUGCGUGACUAAAAAUCUUCUCAUAUUUUAUUAGUAAAAAUGAAAUUAUCCGAUUAUUGCCAAUAAAUUUAAAUCCUGCAGCUGAAGAAACUAACACGUGGGUCAACUAACAACUAAUUUCAUUUUGUUGUUAGCUGAUGCGCAAUCUAAUUAUGCAGCACAUAUUGUUCUAUAUCAACCUUUUUACAAUAAAAUUGUUUUUUAACAAUAUGUUAAUCAUUGCCAUCAUCAUCAACUUUUUUUUCUCCCUGGACACUAACUCAUAGAAGCCUGUAAAAAUCUAUGGUCUGCCCGGAAAUAACUCACUUCGCAUAUCGAACUCACUCUUUAAUCUAUGAUUACCCCUAGUUUAACUUAUAAUGGGGCUAGGCAAUUUGCAUAUAAUAUAAUUGUAUUUCCUCGUUUUCGUUAGAUAAAACAGUAUCGACAACAUCCAAGCCAGAACCAACAAAGGCUGAGUUUUUGGCAGGUAAGAUAUACAAGUUCUUCUUCCUCACUAAUUACGAAUCUGGGAGCGUAGGAAAAAUACCCUCGACGAGUUACCUAACCCAUUGAUGUGCCUACGGAUUUACAGAAAACAGUGUGGCCGAGGCCCGCUCUGACCACAAUUCCAGACGCGCUGAAAAUUGACUAAACCGAGACUGAACCACAAACGGUGUCCUGGUAGCUUGAAUUUCAGCCAUCUAGACGAGUCGCAAACUCCCGAGGGAAACGUCUGAAUUAGAGAGCCGCUAAUGCUGUCCAGUGUGACGUCAUUACCCGAAAACCGCGGGUAGUUGGACUUUCACUGAACAUUCAGCGGAUCGCAUGCUUGCGUAGACCGGAGUUCAAAGUUUCGACAAUUUCUAUCGUAAACAGGAAAAUAGCCCUUCUCUUCGAAACUAUGACUUGUUAAAACGAACUACCAGUGAGGAAUCAAUGUAGAAAGUCGGGAGGUUUUCCUUUAGCGCCGCUUUGUGGUUUCGGUAAUAAAUUCGUUAAGCGAGGGAUCGGUGAUCAAUUAGUCUCCUUCAUAGCCGCUCCCGCUCGAGCCGGAGUCACGCAAGCUCCCUGCUCCCGCUUGCGUGACUCAGGCCCGAGCGAGGCUAAGGAGACUUGUGAGAUUUAUAACAAGCUUGUGUCGUGUUACUAAGGCAAAUUUUCGACCUUUCUGUCAUUUCCGCUGUCGAGUGCAAUGGUUCUGCUAAUUUUUCUUCCUUUCUUUGCUUGCUUGCUUUCUUUAAAUAGACAAAUUGAACGAGGUUUCGCCACAGAGAGCCCUGACACUCAACACAGCCUUCUCGAAGCCAAAUUAUGAGAAUUUGUUUUUUGAAUUUAUGAUAUAAAUAUAUAUGACAAAACGGUUAUAUUACAUAUAAACAGCCAUUAAAGUGCACAUACCUCAUAUAGACUGAGAUAUCUUUGUGUCGUUUUCUAGCUUUUCUUAUUGUUUUCUGCCCUAAAAACGUCAUCUUAGAAAGUUUUGAAGACAGUCUUAUUCUUAGUACACUGUAGGUAAGAAACCAAAACACCAAAACUUGAUAAAAUGACGUUUUUAGAGUAAAUACAAAAUUAAUACAAAUCCUUAUACUUUGUCUUCGAGGAGGCUGUUGUGAGUCUGGGUCCCCUGUAGUGUCCCGUAUGCAUUUCAUUCUUCGUUUCCAUGAUCGGCUUUGAUUAUUACCGAGUGAAUUGAUUCAGACGUCUUUCUCGGGAGUUUGCGACUCUAGGAGACGGCUAAAAUUCAUGCUGGUGCUCUCGGUGAUUUCGCUGGAGUUAAACAUUUGUACUGCGGUAAAAGCCCGCGUGUAAGAACCUAUAGCUACAUUUUUUGAAGUCUGGAAAAAGAGAUGCUAUAUUUUGGGGUAGUUAUUGGCAAUUUAGGCUAAAUAAGUUCUUAAUUACUGUGAAAGGUUUGAACCCAGGAGUCAUUUCAUAAGUAGAUUGAGUGUGAUCGCCCGGGCGAACGUAGUCCUGAAUAGGACUGUUGUUGUUGACAGUUGACUGACGUUUCGACAACCUGUGCGGUAGACAUCUUCAGAGUCAAAGUGAGUUGCAUCACGUCAGCCUAUGGUAUUAAGCUCUGAUUAUUGACCUGACUGGUCAAUUUUAAAAGUCGCGAUGUUAUUGGUCGUCUGUCAGUUUAGCUGUAAUGUUAUUGGCUAUGAAGACACGUAAUGUCAUUGGUGCGUUUUGAUCCGUCUAUUGUCACAAUUAAACAGUCAAUUAUUGUUAGUGAAAUAAAUUGUCAGUGGUCCAGUCGUUCUCUUGUAGUUAGUUCAUCAGGUUAGAUAUUUCUAUGAAGGAGAUAUAGUUGUUGGCUACCAGAAAAAUAAAUAACAAUUUUUAGAUAGCUGGAUAUUGGGCAAGUUCUAUUUCGCGUUGUUAUUGACCGAGACGAAGUCGAACAAGCUUGGUCAAUAAAAGAUUUAUUAUAUGGCCAAAAAGAGAACUUUUUCUUGCGGGACCAACGCGAGAAAUCCCGAGCGGGCAAGAUGAGCCCAUCUUACCCACUUGGGUAGCCAGUCAGAACGCAGGAUUCCCUUCCUCUUUGCCGCCCGCGGAUUCAGCUGCAUAAUAAACAGUAUUUAUUCACAUUUGUAUUACGAAAAGUCUAACUAAACUAAUUACAGAUUUACGUAUAUGUUGUAUCAUCUCUAGAAUGGGAGUUGUACAAUAAAAGAGGAGACAAAAAAUUUAAUAUAAUGCAUGAAUAAUAAAUAAAUAAAGUAUUUCCUUGUUGUAUAAAUUUGCGAUUUAAAAGUCAAACUCCGUGAUUAAAUGGUUUAUAAUAAUUAUUUAAUUAUAACCCACAUAUAAGAACCUACUUGAUCUUGCUCGGCUAAGCAGGUUCUUAUGUUUUGGGGCAAAUUUCUGCCAGCGGGUCACUGUUCUUAAAACAGUUGAUUCUUACCCGCGGAUUUUUACUGCAGCUCAAUUGCAAUGAAUUUUAAUUUGGUUCACGUCAUGGAAGUGUAUUCACAUAUUUGCAGGACUAACCCAUGGAAAGCCCAGCCGGGUGGUCAAAGGUGACUACUUCGCGACGUCUGGUUAUGUCUUUAUAAUAAACAACUAUCCCAUUCAUCGGUUUGAAUUAGAACACACCGAAAAAAGGGUUUUCUUAGAGGAAUUCCGCUUUACGACCAGAGAAGACGUCUACCUGACUAAAAGUGACAUGUUACAGGCACUAACAGACACAGCACAAAGAGAUUUUUCCAAUAACGACUGUUUUUGCUGCAUCAUCCGGAGCACUGGGACAGAACAUGGAAUUUGUGGAACUGAUGACGAGCCCAUUGACAUCAACACGAUCACAUCGCUUUUCACAAGAGAUAAAUGCCCCUCUCUUGAUGGCAAGCCAAAAAUAUUCGUGUUAAGACAUAAGAAUUCUAAAUACCAGAUAAAGCUUCCUCCCUUAAGGGGAUUUAAACGUCCGCCAACAUCAGAAGACAUUAAGGCCAGCAGUAUACUGCGGCAUCUUGUUAUUCGUGAAAAAGAUUUUCUCGUAUGGAACCGUUUUGACGAUGUUUCGUCGUCCCGGUACGAUUUUGUUCAUGGUCAUAAAUGGCUGGAGUGCCUAUCAAGAAGAAUGAGCCUACGGGAUGCGAUAGCUGCCGAUAUGUUAGAGAGUACAAAUGAAGACCCUUUAUUCAGUACAUUGGAAAUGAACGUGUUUUUUGAUCGAAACUUUUCCCACUACAGGUAG